GCGCUCCACAGCAGGAUCAGCCAUGCGGUGGACAACAACAUCCCCGGCUUCUCCUCGGUGAGCGUGGUGCCUCGUAUUUUUUUCCGCCGUGUGAGCGUGCAACCGAGGAAGGAAUGCUUCUUGUGUGACCUGUGCACUCCACGCCUGUGUUUGUCUCGUCGUCUUGUGGGAACGGAUAUCCUCUUCCGCGAUGGAACCACGGUCAGCGGUGGUGGUGAUGAUGCCGCGGUCCCACUGAGCAGCGGAGUUCCGCGCAAUGUCGGCGGCGACCGCAUUCGUCGCUGCGCUGUCGCUCAUCCUCAUCACAAAGCAGGCUUACGCUGAUGGCGUGCCCAAGGUGCAUCCAUUCCACUUCCCAGAGUCGGUUUUACGGGGCGAGAGUACGCGGGUGGUGUGUGGGGCGGCGGCUGGGGCGACGCCCGUGAACUACGCCUGGUACCGAGACGGGGAGCCACUCCACGCCGGUGACACGUCCAACAUCUCCAUCCAGAAGUUCGGGGGAUUUUCCGUCCUAGAGAUUAGCAAAGCCAGUGUCUCUCAGAACGGAAACUACACCUGCACCAUCAGCAACGCACAUGGUUCUGCCUCGGCCUCCAGUCAGCUGCUUGUGCAAGCUGCCCCAGAAUGGAAGGUACCACCACGAGACGUUUCGGCUGCCCUUGGCGGGAACACUACAUUGAACUGCUUUGCUGUCGGCUACCCUGUGCCUUCAGUGAGGUGGGCAAAGGAAGAACCAGACUCGGCGGAUGGCACUGGGGAAUUCCGGCCGCUGGCAAGCAGUAAUCGAAUGUCUAUACUCCCCAACGGAACGCUGGAUCUGCGAGACCUGAAGCCACCUGACGCGGGCCGGUACCGCUGUACCGCUUCCAAUGGCAGGGGGAACGACUUGGACAAGACCAUACGCCUCUCCUUACACGUGCCCGCAAGAUUUGAACAGAAGUACAGCGUGGAGAGCGUGCGGAAGGGCGACACUGCCAUCCUGCGCUGCGAAGCGCUCGGCGACAGUCCCAUGGCUGUUUCUUGGCAGUGGAACGACAAGACUCUGCCUCUCGACUCUCCCAGGAGGCAGGUGUUCGAAAGUGUAACGGACCGCGGGACCGCGUCAGAGCUGCACGUGCAGGAUGCUGAACGCCAAGACAUUGGGAUAUUUACUUGCGUCGCUAAAAACGGGUUCGGAUCUGACAAGAGGAACAUCAAGCUCGUCGUCUUAGAGGUUCCAUCGGCUCCGGCGGACAUAAAGGUUGACCAAACGUGGAGUCGGUCAGCUAGCGUGAAAUGGACCGCGCCAUACAGCGGAAACAGCCCUGUGUCCAAGUACAUUGUGCAGUACUGGAAAGAUCACGGAGCUGCACAUAGACUGGAGGAACUCGUCGUCAGUGCCCCGCAGACAGUUGCGCUUUUGCGUGACUUGCAACCUGGGACGUCGUACAUUACCAGAACUUUGGCCGAGAACACAGUAGGACGGGGCUCGCCUUCGGAGAGCCAAAAGUUCCAAACAAAGGAAGAAGAGCCUGGAGCAGCACCUACCGACCUCGGUGCUGAAGCUCGAGGUUCGUCAGUUCUUCGAAUCAAGUGGAAGGCCCCUCCCAAGGAGAAUUGGAACGGCAAAUUGCUAGGGUAUUACAUCGGCUACAAGGCAAAAGCAUCUGAAGACCCAUAUAGCUACCAGUCGUCCCCAGCAACGAAUAAACCGGAGGAAGAGCAUUUGCUGUCCGGGCUCCGGCGGGCUACGGAAUACAGCAUCGUUGUAAAGGCUUAUAACGGCGCAGGAUCGGGCCCCGAUUCGCCGGCGGUUACCGCGAAGACCUCAGACUCGGAACCCCCGCUUCCCCCGAGGCUGUGGCUGGAAACCGUCGAACGAUUAUCCAUUGUUGCCCACUGGCAACAACCUCCAGGACCACCGGUUACCCAUUACAUCAUGUCAUACCGAGAAGAAAGUGGUCCGUGGCGUGAGCUGACCGUUCCUCAGACGGACAGUUCGAAAUACACGCUAAAUGGACUUCGGGAGGCGACACGGUACAACAUCUACUUGCAAGCCGCUGGGGAAGGUUCCGUCAGCGAACCUAGCGAGAUCAUAUCUGUCCUGACAGAAGGAGGAGCCCUGGCGGACGCGUCGAUGCCAGCUCCUCACGGAAGCCAGAGCCGAGAGCUACCGGUCUACUUGAGAAUGUCGGUUGUGGCACCUGCGGCAGCAUCGCUCACCGUCGUUGUCCUCGUUAUUGCCGGAGCUUGCCUCUUCGUCAGCCGUGAACGAAGGAAGUACAAGGAUAUUGCGAUUUCAUCGAUGAAGGCCAUGAAGUCCAACGGGCCGAUGGUUGGAACGAUGGGUCGCCCUCCUAGCCAGCGUUACGUGGACGUAGACCACAGAUUUGGGCCGCGAACUCCUCGCCACGUGGACGCCGAACGCGGAGGUGGAUCCCGUCCUCUCCUUCCGUCUUCGCAGAUACCGCAGUACCCGGCACCGUAUGCGACGUUGCCCCUGCGAGCUCCGAUGGAGAAAGAGACUCCUGGGCGGCUGUGUCGCAGCGCCAAGGGAGCCUCGCUCUCCCAGGACAUCCUGGAUACCCAAUGUGCGGACAACAUCACAGAAGAAGCUGCGGAGAUCCACCACUACGACAUCGCAGCUUAGAAUUGGUGCAUGUGGAAAGAUGUGCAAUCCAUGACGUAGUGAUUACCAAGCCAGAGGAUGUGAGUGAUAGCGAAAGGCCAGACGGACAGGAGAACUCUGCCAGUGAACCGGACACCGCGUCCACUGCGACUACCAACACCAAAACAGAGGAACAGUCCGACGACUCCCAGCUCAAUACGUACAAAUCGGACACAGAUGAUAGCGGAACGCAGCCGAACAACAUGGCCGUCGCGUUCGAACUUGAACUGUGAACUCUAGGUGUGCAUAACAUCUUCCCUUGCCCCAUAGGAUUGCCCCCAUCUGUAGCUGCAAUGUGUGUGGUCUAUAUGGCGGACAUGCAUGAGAGUGGUGUACGUGUGCGCAUAUCGUGUCUUGAUUGUCUUUUCGUCGACGUGUCUUCAAAAUGCUAGUGGUAUUGAUUCGCAGGGACCAGCAGGAUAUUCUCUUUAAACUUCAGUGUCCUGUAGGUCAGUUGUAUUACAAGAUUGGUGUAGCCCAGACCGUGGUCCAAAAGACACUGUAUGAUGCCACCGAAUUCUAAAGUGCGACAUUCCAGUGAACAAACACGCAGUCUAAGUCGAACCACUCGUAGAGCAUAUCCUUCUGGUCAUCACUGCUAGAAUAGGUCUUAGACUCCGUAUCUUUCGGUUUUUCGCAACGCCUACGAAUUUAUUGUUCUGUGAUAACGAAAUAUUUAUUAUGUGUGUCUUUGAAUCUCCAUACGAUCACACUUUCGCAACCUCUUUUAUUCUUCAAUUUCCUGCGUUCAAGACACGGACCUCCUUUGAACGAAUAUACUCCCCAGCUUCUCUGAUGACCUCCCCCUAUGAGCCCUUAAUUGUUGCGCCCGUAGGCUGUACAGAGCAUGUGUAUAGUCCCCAGAUGAAUGUAGUCAACCGACACGCCCUUUUAUCCUUCCUCUCUCUCUCUCUCCUUCCGAAACUGAAGAAUGGUGCUCCGCGUUAUGCGCUGGGACUUCCAUACUACAGGGUUUUAUCAUGUCCCAGAAUGCAGACUUGGUGCUGUGAGAUUUAGAAGCUGCUUUUGAAUAUCGAGUGUACCUGCGUGACGUAAUCGCUCCCGCGAGAUUCUUAAGGUCGUGCAACCACCAAAUGCUCCCGCGGUAUGCAUUGAGAUAUGCCGCGAACAACCCCCUCCCCAAACAACCACGAACCUCCCCCGAACAACAGGUUAGCAUAAUUUGCCGCAAAGAUGAGUGCACUUCGUUGUACUACGCAAGAUGUGUACGAGAAAAUAAUGUGUCCUGAUAUGGGUCAUAGCAACAGUAACGUGUUAGACACCAGGCGACGGCCCGGCCAUUCUUGUUGGAUGCUGUGACGUCGCUGACUCCCUCUUGCAAUGUAUCUUUACCCCUAGAUCGCCACGUCGCCGUUUCGCUCACAAGUGUGUGCGUGUGUGUAUGUGCGUGUUUACCUGUGUGUCUGUGCGGUGGAUUAGUGAUGUACGACGUCGGUCUUUGGAGUCAGUCAACCCUCCAGAUGGACAGUCGGCAACGUCAUCGACGCCGAGUGCACGGCCGCCGAGCCGUUGUUCACUCAACGAGGUGACAACGAACCCGGCCGCGUUCGGCAGCACCACGUUGCUUAUGCUAGUCGCAUGAACUUUUUUUACUUAUAUUCCAAUUUCCAGAUGUUGUUUCAGACUGGGUUAUGGUAAACAGAGUUUCACGCUGUACACCUUCUGCAGCUCUGUGGUUCCAUGAGGAUACUGGCCAAGGAGGAAAUAUUGGAACACCAUACUAGUCCACAUGAAUUUUUAGUGCACUUGUUGCAACUGUUGAUUCUUUCACUUGCAGGGCGAAGUCCGAAACCGCAGCGGUUGUCCCACGAAUACAUAUAUGUAUAUAUUCUGAACCAGUUUCUACGAACUUGGUAAUCGUAUAGUGUGUAUCACAACUUUGUAAACGAACAAGCUAAAUCAGUAGGUGUAAUACAGUGUUGUGUAGAGGA